AUGACUACUAAUUUAGUGGAGAACAAGUUAUCGUUCUCUCAUGUACCCCGCCUGAAGUUGCAGGUGAGGGACCUGUCCAUCAUUGCGUCAAAAACAGAUGCGGAGUUGGUCAAGUCCUUUUCCCUAGAUUUGCCCAGCGGGUCUAUUAUGGCGGUAAUGGGUGGCUCUGGGUCUGGUAAAACUACCUUGUUGAAUGUUUUGGCCAGCAAGAUUAGUGGAGGGCUGAAGACCGUUGGGGAGAUAAAUUAUAUACGAGAGGAUUGUGGAGUAAACGACGGUGAUCAUCCGGAACAUGCGGUCAUGACGUACCUGCCCCAACAGGAUGUGCUACCUGCCAGAUUGACAUGCAGGGAUACUAUGAUGUUUGCAGCUGACUUGAAACUGGAUAAACCGAAGCAUGAGAAAGUGCAGAUCGUAGAACAAUUGAUCGAUGAGCUUGGGUUGAAGGACUGCGCUGACACCAUCAUCGGGGACAGUAGCCACCGCGGACUAUCGGGCGGUGAGAAACGGAGAUUGAGUAUUGGUACGCAGAUGAUUGCGAACCCAUCGAUCAUGUUCCUGGACGAGCCAACAACGGGCCUUGACGCAUAUUCUGCCUACCUUGUCGUCAAAACGAUCAGGAAAUUGGCUGAAGAUGAUGGACGCAUUUUUAUCAUGUCGAUCCACCAACCGAGAUCAGAUAUCAUGUUUCUAUUGGAUAAAGUUUGUAUACUCUCAAAGGGGAACAUAGUGUACUGUGACGCUGUGGACAAAAUGAUACCCUAUUUCGAAUCAAUGGGCUACAAAGUGCCCCAGCUGGUCAAUCCUGCAGACUACAUUGUUGACAUAUCGAGUGUAGACAGCAGGUCUGAGGAAGCCGAAGAGAUUGCAACUUUGAGGUUGACAAAACUGCUGGCAAAUUGGAAAGAGUACGAAAAGACAAAUAUCAAGGCUGAAACGAUUGAAUACGAUAGACAGAUUAGCGUGGAUAACAUGACUACCAUGUUACCAUUUUGGAAACAGGUAUGGGUUCUAACGAGAAGAAACGUAAAGUUAAAUACCAGUGAUCAUGUUACGAUGAUUGCCACAAUCCUAGAACCCCUUAUUAUUGGGACAAUAGUCGGUUGGAUUUUUUACAAACCGGACAAAACAACCGAGUCUGGGAUGCGGACUAUAGUUGCAUGUUUAUAUGCAUGCGUCAUGCUGCAAUGCUAUUUGUAUCUACUGUUCGACACUUAUAGGCUAUGUGAACAAGAUAUUGGCAUAUUUGAUCGUGAAAGGGCCGAGGGUUCCGUUUCAGCAUUUGCAUUCAUCACAGCUCGAAAGAUCUCGUUGUUUUUAUCGGAUGAUUUCUACAUGAUCCUGGCGUUUACGACUAUCACUUAUUUCAUGUUUGGGUUAGAGCCAGAUGCCAAGAAGUUUUUCCUCCAGUUCUCAAUUAUCUUUUUGACGCAGCUGUCAUGUUCUGGAUUAGCCACUUUUUCUGUCGCUAUAUCAAGAGACUAUGCGAAGGCUUCUUUAGUAGGGAACAUGACGUUCACUAUUUUAUCUAUGGGCUGUGGGUUCUUCGUCAACGCCAAAAAGAUGCCCGUCUACGUCCGUUGGACCAAAUAUAUUGCAUUUUCGUGGUACGGGUUUGGCGCCUUAAUUUCCAGUACUUUCACCGAUCAUUUAUGCACUAAUCCGAACGACAUCAGGACCUGUCUUGGAAAUCAGGUUGUUGAUACAUUUGGGUUUUGGCGGAACUGGCGAGUGGUACCGGCCAUCGUUAUAUUUUGUUUUGCGAUUGGGUAUUUUUUUGCAUCAAUGAUUAUCCUUCAUUUCAACAAAGUAGACAUUACUUUACAAAACGAAGUGAAGACCAAAGACAGUGGGAAAGAAGAGAAAGUUUAUAUGACCGAUGGUACCAGUAAUGACGACUCUUUACCUAUCAAGAACAGCCGCCUGAUUCAAAAUAGUGACAAGGACAUAGACCUUGAAUCCAAGGACAGUCACCCAUAUGAAGUUGAAGUUUCUUUGAAAGAUAUAACGCUGACAGUUGAUUAUAUACAUGUUCAGGGGAUUAGUCAGUGGCGCAAUAAGAUUAUAAACAGGGAAAGAAAAAAGAUUUUGCGGUCCGUAAAUGCAACAUUUAAACCAGGAAUGGUUAAUGCAAUUAUGGGACCAUCAGGAUCGGGUAAGUCGACGCUUCUGAAUUUAAUAUCAGGAAGAGUUAAAUCAACGCUUUUCUCGAGAUUCACUAAAGAUGGGUCAAUGUCCUUCAAUGGUGCUGAGGUCUCUGAGACCAUGUUUAAACAAAUCUGCUCUUAUGUUUCACAAGAUGAUGACCACUUAUUAUCGAAGCUAACAGUAAGGGAAACCUUCAAAUUUGCCUCAGAUUUAAGGUUACAUCAUUUGAACGCUAAAGAAAGAGAGGCGAAACGGAACAACUUGAUAAUUGCAUUAGGUUUGAAACACUGUGAAGACACUAUCAUUGGUAAUGAAUUUGUGAAGGGUAUUAGUGGUGGUGAAAAGAGAAGAGUGACGAUGGGGAUUCAGCUACUCAAUGAUCCUCCGAUUCUUUUGCUAGAUGAGCCAACAUCUGGUUUAGACAGUUUCACUUCAUCCACGAUUCUUGAAAUUCUAUCCAAUCUAUGUCAAGAAUAUGGAAAAACUGUCAUUUUGACCAUUCAUCAACCAAGAGCUGAAUUGUUCAAAAAGUUUGGGAACGUAUUAUUACUAGCAAAAUCAGGCAGGACUGCUUUUAAUGGAUCUCCGGAUGAAAUGAUAAUGUACUUUGAGAAACUAGGCUUCAAGUGUCCUGAGCUUACGAACGUUGCUGAUUACUUUUUGGAUUUAAUUUCAAUAAAUACACAGAAUGAACAAAAUGAAAGCACUUCCAGAGAAAGGGUGGAGAAGUUGUUGGCUAACUGGGAAGACCAAGUCCAGUUACAGCACGCUGCCUUGGAAUCGGAUCCCUUUAAUGAAAAACAGCUCGUAAUGUCUUCGAAUGAUUUUCAACAGCAAUACGGCCCCUGUAUUCGGAAGCAAUGUGAUCCUACACUUGCAUAUUACGUCAAUGUUAAAAGACAGGUAACCACUAUGAGAAGAAGUUUUGACACCUUGAUGGCGAGAAUAGCACAAGUCCCGGGCCUCGGCGCUAUAUUCGCCCUUUACUUUGCGCCUAUCAAGUACAAUUACACUAGUGUAAGCAAUAGAAUUGGUCUAACUCAGGAAUCCACUGCUCUUUAUUUUGUCGGUAUGUUGGGUAAUCUUACAUGCUACCCUAUGGAAAGGGACUACUUCUACAGAGAGUUCGAAGAUAAUGUAUACGGGAUAGGUCCAUUCUUUAUGGCUUACAUGACCCUGGAGUUACCUCUGACCUUAUUUUCCUCCAUUAUUUACUCGGUAUUAACAGUUUUAGCAUGUGGACUACCUAGAACAGCGGGGAAUUUUUUUGCAACAGUUUAUUGUGCGUUUAUUGUAAUUGCGUGUGGCGAAGCUCUCGGAAUAAUGACCAACACUCUGUUUGAAAGACCUGGUUUCGUUGUGAACUGUAUUUCUGUGAUUCUGUCCAUUGGUUGCCAGCUGUCUGGUAUCAUGUCGUUGACUAUGUCUAGGGUUUUAAAAGGGUUUUCUUACUUAAACCCAGUCCAUUACACGUCAAUGGUAUUGAUCAACCUGGCAUUUCCUGCGGAUAUGGAACUUACUUGCCGUGACGGUGGUAUGAAUCCAGAUGGGACCUGUAUUUUUGCAAAUGGGAGGGAUGUACUUGACUCCUAUGAUCUGGUUGUUGACACCAGCAAGUACUUGGGUAUAAUUAUCUGUGUUGGUAUAAUUUACCGCCUCCUUGCGUACCUGGUUUUGAAAGCCAAACUGGAAUGGCUACAAUGGUAA